AUGUCACAGAAAACAAUGUUGAGUGGAACCAAGAGAAAAAGAUCGGAAGUUGCGGAGAAAGUGGCACAACGAUGGAAGAGCGUCAGAUAUAGUGGUGAGAUUGAAAAAAAGACUCCAGGUGGCGAUAACAAUAACAACGACGACUGCGUCAUAGUCAGCGAAUCAAACAUAAUUGAUUUGACUGAUCCGGAGAAAGAUUUAGAUGCAACGGUAGGAACAAAUGAUACAGCAAAAAGUGCAGUUUUCAAGCUAAUGAAAUCUGAUUUCUAUGAAAGAGGGGACCUUGUGGGAGAAGUAGACGAUAUGAUUACAUUGAAUGAUAUUUUUUGCACUGAAAAGCUCAAAAGAAGCAUACUUUUCAGUUUCCAAUACGAACUUGAUUUCCUGUUGAGACAAUUCCACCCUAAUGUAGAGAACAUAACCAUUGUAGGUCAAAAAGGGACUAUCAUGCCUAUCGAAGCCCGUUCUAUGGAUGGAGCACUCGCAGGGAUGUUGCAAAAGGUUAAACUUAUUGAAAUAACAAUGCCUCCAUACGCUUCCCAUCACACCAAGCUGAUUAUAAACUUUUACGAUAACAACGAAUGCAAAAUAUUCCUGCCGUCUAACAAUUUUACGGCAAUGGAAACUAAUCUGCCUCAACAGGUGUGCUGGUGCAGUCCCGUUUUGAAAAUAGGAAAAGAAGAGCUUCCCGUACCGUUCAAAAAAAGCUUGACAGAAUACCUCAAGUCAUACCACAUGAGAGACAUUGACGAAUUAAUUACAAAAAGCGUAGAAGGGGUCAAUUUUGCUCCGUUGAGCGAAUUAGAAUUUGUAUAUUCUACACCCUCCAAAUUUCAGUCGUCGGGUUUGCUAUCGUUUUACAAUAAACUGGAAGCACUUUCGUCUGGCACAAGUACCAGUGAUACUGCAAAGCAUUAUCUAUGCCAAACUUCAUCAAUAGGGACAUCUCUAUCAAGAACGCGGGACGAAAACUUAUGGACACAUCUGAUGAUUCCUCUGUUUUCGGGAAUCAUGCCCUCCCCAGUGGAGAGCACCACUGGAAGAAGAAAAGCAGGAAUAUUGCCAACCGAUGUAUUGAUGAAUGAGUAUUCUCAGAAAAAGAUCAAACCGUACAUUAUUUUCCCCACCGAACAAGAGUUUGUCACCAGUCCCUUAAGGUUAUCCAGCUCUGGGUGGUUUCAUUUCCAAUAUCUUCAGAAAAGGAGUUAUUACGAGAUGCUGCGAAACAAAUUCAAAGCCUUUUACAAGCAGGACCCUGUUACGAUUACCAGGAGACGAGGAACCACACCUGCGCACUCUAAGUUUUACAUGCAUUGUACAACCAAGUCCACGGAGCCCUGUGAUGCAUCGCAAGUAUUCAAAGAACUAGAAUGGUGCCUCUAUACUUCAGCAAACCUCAGUCAAACAGCAUGGGGUACCAUCUCAAGGAAACCACGCAACUAUGAAGCAGGAGUGCUUUAUCAUAGUCACAGAUUGGCAGGCACCAAGAAGGUCACCUGCCGUAGCUUUACACGUGAUCAAAAAGACGAUGCGGGUACCACUACCCAGGUGGCCGUGCCAUUUACGCUACCAGUCGUACCAUACGACUUGGCUGAGGAUGAUUGUUUUUGCCUUGCUCGUCACGAGCAGGAUUAG